CUUUGUUUGAUGCUGUGGACUAUCCGUAGGCCUUAAUUUUGGAGUCUGGGAUAGAGAUUCAGCUUCUUCUCCUACAAAGCUUUUAACUGAAUUUUCGUUUCCAUUUUUUCGUUUUUCUCCUACGAAGAACAGGGAAUAAUCAUAUAUCAAGAUCCUGAUCUCAAAUAUGCAAGGGCUACAUAUCUGCCACGUGGCACAUAUUGUGGGUAGACAAAACACUUCGGGUACAAGAUAUCCCGACCAUGAAACCAAUCAGGCGACAGAAGCCAACAUCGUAUUUCCAAAGCUCUGUUGAAUGACAAGACUAGACUUUUAACUGGAAGAGUCUUUUAAAGUUUUGAUAAACAUUACUUCAAAAAAGAAAAAGAAAAAAAAGAGAGGAAUAUGGAGAUGAAAGUGAACAGUUUUUCUGAUUUGGAUUUUGGAUCUACUGGGGCACGAUCCGCUUUUCAAUGGGGUGGCACCAUUUUUGCUUUAUUUUUAUUACUCAUGAACCGUAUGGGACAGAGAUCGCACAUGCUGACUAACCUCCUAGUAUUAUUUCUCCUCGCCAGUUUCCCAACUGUACUCUUCAAAAUCGUAAGAGGCCAAUUUGGUUGCUGGGUUGCGUUUCUUGCUGUUGCUUUGCACCUGUUUUUUCCAGAUACCUUUCCAGUUUCGCGUUUCAUCCUAUUUGUCAUUACGCCAGAUUGGUUGGCCGAUAGAUUUCGAGAUGACAUUGUACCUGGCAUCCUGUGUCUUGUAAUCACGAUUUUAGUUACCCUACUUGAAAUCCGCGGAGUAGGAGGAUUAGAGAAUUGUGAAUGCAGUUGUUAUUGUUUUAGUUAUUGGUUCGGUAUAGCUUGCUUAGUAUGCAUUACGAUAUCGUAUCUUGCCACUUAAAAGUAUUGAGAAGUUCAGUGGGAGAACAUUGUUUUCAUUUUUACUUUUGCUUGGGCUUUUCUUAUAGCUUCUCAAUGUGAAUGAACUUUUUCAACAAA